AUGUCCUACGCAAGAGCCCUCGCCGUCCGCCGCUUUGCGGCCGCCAGACCUCUUCCCCUCGCAUCAACCCAUGUGGCCGUAACGCGGCAAGUGAGGUGGACGACUUCCAGGCCUGACAACGACGAUGGCGACCUCGGUGGCCCGGGAGGCCAGGAGCCGGUGCCUUCCAACAGCGGCAUGUCGCAAAGCUGGCCCACGUUGGCGGCCAUUGGAGGUGUAGGAUUGCUCGUUGGAGGAUAUCUAGUUCACCUCACGGGUAAGCCCAAGGGACAGACGACGACUGUGGUUCACGGAGGCGAGCUAGAUAGGCUUGCGGAGAAUGCUACGCCCAGAAAGUGA